UCAAUCCUGAUGUGCGGAAAAAAGAGCAAAAAGGGAAGUCUCCACUCGUCAGAAGUUUCUACCCUAGAAAGAAAAGGGAGGUGGGAAUUUGGGAUUUGGGCGCCGCCGCUAUAGCGUCGUAGCACACCGCAGUACCGCACCACACCACCGCCUCUCGCCCUCGAUUGAAGUAGACCGGCGCCGCACCGCGUAGCUGCUAGUAAUUUCGCCAGGCAAUCACAAUUCUGUUGUUCCGAUGAUGGGGGCGCGCGGGCACCUCCUCGUCGCCCUCUGCCUCCUCGCCGCCGGCGCGGCCAUCAUCGUCGGCGGGCAGCCUACGCCCCAGCCGCCAGCGCAGCAGCCGCCGCCGCCGCCGAGGCCAACGCCGUUCGGGCGCACCAUGUCGACGGUCAUCACGGUGGCGAUCAGCGUCUUCUUCUUCCUGCUCUUCUUCUGCGCCUACAUCAACCAGUGCCGCCUCGCGGGCGAGGGCGGCGCGCCGCUGGGCCGCAACAUCCCGGUGGGGGGCCCGUCGAGGAGGGGCAAGCGCGGCCUGGACCCGGCGGUGGUGGCCACCUUCCCGAUCGUGCCGUACCGGGAGGUCAGGGAGCACACGAUCGGGCGGGGCGAGCUGGAGUGCGCCGUGUGCCUCACGGCGUUCGAGGAGGGCGACGACCUCCGCCUGCUCCCGCACUGCUCCCACGUCUUCCACCCCGAGUGCAUCGACCCCUGGCUCGAGACCCGGGUCACCUGCCCGCUCUGCCGCGCCAACCUCGAGAAGCCCCCGCCGCCGCCGUCGCCCCUACCGGCCGCAAUUGCGCCCCCGUCGCCCGAGCCGACGACGCCGCGGCGUCAAACCUCCCACUCGCCGACCCCGUCGCCGCCGCACGCAGUGGCGAUUGCGGUGCCGCCGGCGCAGCAGGAAGAGGAGGAGGAGAGCGACGAGGACGACAGGAAGGAGGAGGCGAUGGAGCUGGAGACGCUGCGCAGCGAGCGGCGGGCGGCGCGGCUGCCGAGGUCCAACUCCACGGGCCACUCGCGCUUCGCGGCGUCCGCCGAGGCCGCCGCGCGGAGCGACCACGAGAGGUUCACGCUGCGGCUGCCGCACCACGUGCGGGAGCAGGUGCUCACGGCGCGCCGCCUGCGCCACGCCACCAGCCUCAUCGACAUCUCCGGCAUGAGCCCCGACGGGAGCUCGCGCGGAGGACGGCGCGCCGGGCCCGGGGGCAGCAGCUUCGGCAACGCGGGCGGUGUCGGCAGCAGCCACGGCGGGCGGCGGUGGCAGGGGUUCCUGGCCAGGACCAUGUCGUGGGCCCGCGGGGGAGGCGACGGGUCCGUGCGGAAGGGCUGGGACGGCUCCACCAGGAGGGGAAGGGAUGACGCCGAGUCGAGCAGGAAGGGGGCGGCCUCGCCCUCGCCGGCGGCGGCGCGGCCGUGACGACGUCGGCGGUCGACAUCCACAGCCCACGAGAAACCAACAAACCUUGUGAACUGUAGAAAUUAAUGGCGUGUAAUUCGCCGCGUUUUCGUCGAGCAUUUGAGCGUUUGGAUAUAUUUUUCGUCGUUUUUAGCUAGCCUAGCUAGAACUACUAGAAUACAGCAGUAUUUGCGUUUUCUUCUCAAUUCGUUUGACUUCUGGCUGGAUGAAAUGCUUGUUCGAUUGGACUGUAGAUUCUCUCCGAUGGGAUUCCACUGAUAACCUGAACAAGGGAGAAGAACUGGAAGAAGGUUCCCCUCUCUGGAUAUCUCGACCUUUUUCCAGUUACAGAUGGCAGCCUUCUCUUUUCUGAAAGAUCGAAUUGCUUUCAAGAAGCUUUUGUAAUAGACAAUUGUUAGUGGGAGAAGAAGAAUUUGUACCACGCCUUUUAAUCA